AAGCCAUGGGCGCUUCGAUGGUUUCCGGAGCAUAGAUUUUCUUCGACCAAACCAUCCGGCCACCUGCAGAAACACUGCAAAACCCACGGCGUCCGUGGUUUCCGGAGCAGACAGUCUUCGACCCACCAUGUCCACGGGACCCCCUCAGCAACCCGUCAACCUCUUCCUUCGUCGGUCUCCUCCGUCGCCCCGAAACCGAGCUUGAAGAAGAAGAGAGAGCAAGAGACGUCAAGCUCGACAAGCUGCAACAAUGGUCGCCUGCAUCGCCGCACUCUUCGUCCUGCUCUUUUGGCUCCCAACCUUCACGUCGUCGUCGUCGUCGUCUUCUCUCUCGGUCUGCAUCGUCGGGAGCGGGAUCGGCGGCUCCUCGGUGGCCCACUUCCUCCGGGAGUAUGCCUCCCCGUCCGCCUCCAUCUCCAUCCGUGUCUUCGAGCGGCGCGGUGUCGUCGGGGGUCGCAUGGCGAGGGUCGCCGUCGGCGGCGAGAGCUUCGAGGCCGGCGGGGCGAUCCUCCACCCCAAGAACUACCACGCCCUGAAUUACACCAGACUGAUCGGCUUGAAGAUCAGGUGGCCGAAUGCCACGUCGGCAAGCGACGGCCGCGACGAUGAUGGUGAUUUUGGGAUUUGGGAUGGGAAGAGCUUCGUCUUCAAGACGUGGAGGGUCAGCUCCAAGCUCCCGGUCGUUGACAAGAUCGUGUCGUUCGCCAACAAGGGGCUCUUGUUCUGGCGCUAUGGGUUUUCUCUCAUUCGCAUGGACAACUUCGUUCAGAGGACUGUGAAUAACUUCCUGAAGUACUAUGAAAGCACCGACUCGAGACCCGUCUUUGAGACGGUGGACGAGAUGCUCAAAUGGGCAGGGCUCUACGAUCUCACUGGGCAUAAUUUAGAGGAGGAAUUGAUCAGUAUUGGGCUGUCUCCCUUGCUGAUAAGGGAACUCAUCACUAUCAUCACAAGGAUUAAUUACGGUCAAAGCGUAAGCAUCAGCGGACUUGCUGGUGCUGUUUCCUUGGCUGGAUCAGGGGGUGACUUAUGGUCUGUCGAAGGAGGAAAUUGGCAGAUGGCUGCUGGUUUAAUCAACCGUUCUAAUGUUGAUCUGCACCUUCACGAGGCUGUACAGUCUAUUUCUAAUCAUGGAAACUAUUAUGAGCUCAAUUCCUCCGAAGGUAACAGCUAUAAGUGCGAGGUUGCUGUGGUUGCCAUACCAUUGGAUGAGGUCGACAUUUGCUUCGACCCUCCUCUUUCAAUACCUCCAAGGAAGCUACAGCACACUCAUGCGACUUUCGUGAGGGGUCUUUUGGAUCCUGCAUACUUUGGGCUAAGCUCUGUGGAAGAAAUUCCAGAACUGGUCAGUACAAUCGAGGAUCCUGGCAUUCCAUUCUUGAGCAUUUCAGUUCUCAAGCGACACGAUGAAAAAGAGGUGACUUACAAGGUUUUCUCGCACGAAGCCAUGGUAGAUACGUUGCUGGAUCAGAUAUUCAGUGUUCGGAAGGACACGAUCCGCAUCGACUGGGGCGCUUACCCCCGUUACAAGGCUCCUGAAGUGUUUGCCCCAUUCAUUCUGGACGGGCAGCAUCUGUACUACGUCAAUGCCUUUGAGAACGCCGCGAGCACGAUGGAGACGAGCGCCGUUGCAGCCGAGAACGUCGCGCGCCUGAUCCUGUCGAGACAUUUCAGCCAUGUGCCCUUGAAGCGUUCGGGCUCGGAGAGCUCUACGGUCGACGCGGGUUUGCAUUUGGAGCUAUGAUGAGGGGUCAGAUACUUGAUGAUGAAUUGUGUAAAUUUUGUAAGAUGUAACUCAUGACUUGAGCACCUUGAUGCAAGGAGCACUGGAAUGUGAUAUAUAUCUUGUGAUGGAUAGCUUGGAAAUAUGGUUUUCAUUUUAUGAGACAUCUUAAAAAAUG